UCAGUCUUCAGUUAAAGUUUCAUCCAUCAUCAUGAGCCACAGCCCAGAGAGGAUGUCCUCAUACCGUCGCUGCUUUGAGAGUACAUCUGAAAGCCAAAUUAGGGUGUCCAGCCCGUCUCCCACCCGAAAGGAGACCCACCACAGGUCAGCCAGCUUGAACAGGAAUGUAGGGUGGAAGGGAUCAGGCUGCAGAGUCCUCACCAACAAGCCUCGACUGACCAGCAGUACUAGCAUGAGCACGCUGUGCUUGGAUGUGACCAGUGGCCAUGGAGCGAAUUUGGAUCUGGAUGCGACUGCAGCGCAGAACCAGGCAUUCAAGCUGACUCGCACCAAUGAGAGGCAGGAGAUGGUGGUGCUCAAUGAUCGCCUGGCAUCUUACAUUGAAAAGGUUAGAACACUGGAGUCCAAGAACAAGUUGCUGGAAGCUGAGAUUGAGGCCUUGAAAAAUGCCUUUGAGAGAACAGCCGGUCUCAGGCAGCUAUAUGCAUCACAGCUAAAGGAACUGAACAGGGAAGCUGAGCAACUGAAGGAGAAGAGGGACUCGUCUUUGACAUCGAAGGAGGCAACGUCCUGCCAGCUGGAAGUGCUGAAGUCUAAAUAUGAUGAGGCUCUGGAGGCCAGGAAGCAGACAGAGCGUCACAUUCAGACUCUGCGUCCGGAUGUGGACAAAGCCACUUCAGCUAGAAUUAAACUGGAAAAGCAGCUGGAGAACCUGGAGGCUGAGCUGACCUUCCUGCAGAGAGUUCAGAAGGAGGAAGUCGAUGAGCUGAUGCAGCAGAUCUCUUCAGCGGCCUCAAAGAUGGACUUAAACUUCGACCUCCCAGAUCUUUCCUCUGCUCUCACACAAAUUCAGUCUGAAUAUGACAGCAUUGCAGCUAAGAAUCUGCAGGAAAUGGAUGCUUGGUAUAGAUCAAUGUUUCAGGACAUGAGCGAUGCGUCAUCCAAGCACGCUCAAAGCAUUCGGAGUCUGAGAGAGGAAAUUGCUGCUUAUAGGAAGGAUAUUCUGAGCAAGGAACGAGACUUGGAGUCACUAAGGGCGAGGAAUGAGUAUUUGGAGAAGCACAUCCGUGACGCCAAGGAGAACCAGAAGAAGCUAGAGCAAGAGUUGGAGGAACACAUUGAGGCAGUUAAACAGGAUCUGAAGCUCUCCAAGCAGAAGACUGCUCUGCUGAUGAGGGAGCAUCAGGACCUUCUAAAUGCCAAAAUGACAAUGGAGAUUGAGAUCGCCACCUACAGAAAGCUGAUUGAGGGAGAAGACAACCGUCUGAGCACCAUUACUGGGAAGCUGCCUCUGACUGAUCACCUGCAUCUCAUGAACAGCAGCCCCUCUGAUCGUUUACCAUCACUCACAGUCAACGCAGAAACACCUCCAGCUGCUGUUUCUAUACACAACCCGGAUGACGGGAACCUGCAGGCAACGGAGAAGUCUGAGAGGAAGACUCUCCUCAUCAGAACAGUUAAAACAGAUGAGGACGCCUAUGUGAGCGACACACAGCAGUGCACCAUCUCUAUUUCUGGAGCUGCUGAGGACACAGAUGAAGAAUAAACGUCUUGAUGUGUGAUGUGUUCUGAUCACAAGCUGCAAAAUUAUAUACCUCACGCUUUUAUUACACUUUGAAAAUCCUGGAAAUCUCUGCUCUCCUUCACAAGAAGGAGGAAACCAUACUUUUGUAUGAAAUCGGACCUUUUCACUAACAUACUGACUCCAGGUGCUUUAAUGUCUGCUUAGAACUAAGCCUCACUUCUCUGCUUAUUUAGUCUUCUAAUGAUUCAUUGACCCGUGUUUGAAGAUAACAAAAUAAAGAGCAAACAAAAGCA